AUGGCUUCGACAGUCACUCUCACUGGAGCGGAAAACCGCUCUGUUACUGACAACGAGUUCGUGCCGGCCACCGGCAAUGCAACGAUCGACCUCGAGAACCCCUCGACCUGCAAGCACCUUGCGACGGUCUCGGCAGCUCAGGUAGAGGAUGUGGACAAAGCCGUAGCGUCUUCCAAGAAGGCGUACUCUACGUGGAAAGACGCAGCACCGGGUGUCAGACGGGGUCUCCUCAUCAAGCUGGCAGACCUCAUCGAGGAGCAUGCCCCCGAGAUCGCGUCGCUGGAGUCCCUGGAUGCGGGCAUCCUCUACCGCGACUCCACGGGACUGCACAUCCCGCAGAGUGUCGAGAACCUGAGGUACUUUGCCGGCUGGGCGGACAAGGUCGACGGCGAGACACUUAAGAUCCAGGAAGGGAUGGCAAUCACACACCGCGAGCCAAUUGGCGUCUGCGCCGCGAUUGUGCCCUGGAACUCACCUCUUAUGAUCACGAUCUGGAAGCUGGCGCCUGCGAUCGCCGCAGGAAACACCAUCGUCAUCAAGACCCCGGAGCUCUGCCCUCUGUUUGGCCAGAAGUUGGCCGAGCUCAUCGUCAAGGCGGGAUUCCCACCCGGCGUCGUCAACAUCCUUUGCGGUCUCGGCACUGUCGCCGGCGCUGCCCUUUCGGCGCACAUGGAUGUCCGAAAGAUCUCGUUCACCGGCAGCUCGGCCGUCGGCAAGCAGGUCCUCAUCUCCUCCGCCAAGUCGAACCUGAAGCGAGUGACCCUCGAGCUGGGUGGCAAGGGUGCCUCGAUCGUGUUUGACGAUGCCGACUUCGACAACGCCUUGUUCUGGACCGGCCUGGGCAUCAGCGUCAACAAUGGCCAGAUCUGCAUUGCCGGAAGUCGCAUCUACGUCCAGGAUACAAUCUACGACAAGUUUGUCAAGGAAUUCAGCGCCCGGUCGGCCAAUGCCGUCCACGGAGAUCCGCUGCUGCCCGAGACGACCAAGGGCCCGGUCAUCAGUGCUGUCCAACGCGAGCGGAUCCUGUCCUUCGUCGACAAGGGUAAGAGCUCCGGAGCAACCCUCCUGCACGGAGGGAAGGCUCUCGAGGGCGCCGGCCACUUUGUCGCAAACACGGCGUUCAGCGACGUUAGCCAGUCUGCCCCGAUCAUGCAGCAGGAGAUCUUCGGCCCGUUCGCGAGCAUCGCGCCGUUCAAGACAGAGGAGGAGGUCAUCGCCAAGGCCAAUGAUACUACGUACGGCCUCAGCGCGGCGGUCUUCACCAAGGACAUCAACCGGGCCUUCCGCGUCACGGGCGCCAUUGAGUCGGGCCAGGUGACGGUGAAUAUGUGGGGGACAGUCAAUGCCAACACGCCGUUCGGCGGCAUCAAGGAGAGCGGCUUCGGGCGCGAGAUGGGCAAGGACGGGCUGGAGGAGUGGACAAGCGUCAAGUCUGUCAAGUUCAACCUGAUGCAGGGAUAA